AUGAAGUUUCUAUUCAAAGUCAUAUUUUUCCUCUCCUUGCAAUCUUCCUCUGCUGAUCCCCAUUCCCCAGCUAUUCUGAACGAUGAGCUCAACGAACACUGCCACCAAAUCCCGAAUCAUCAGAGCAUGAAAUGCUUCUUUUCAGAAGAUGAAAAAUUCUCACUGUUUUGUUCCUGCGGAGAGUCUGUCUGCGAUGAGACCUGGGAAAAGACAUGGAAGCACAACUCGCAAGAAGUUCAAGUCGACGAAGAUGAUAUUACGAGAAGAUUGACGCUCAAAGGCGGUUCGGCGAAAAAUGGCUACUCGGAACUCGAUAUUUUCAUGAAACACAGUCUCCAGGGCAAUUUCACUUGUUUUUCGAAGUCAGAUUCGUCAUCGGAAGUUUCAAUAAUGGAAUAUCAUAUUGCCGUUCCUCAUCUAGACGACAAGUUCCAAAUCGACGCGCGAAUCCGCUCGCCUUAUUCAGAAGAUGCUCUUUUCACGACAAAAGUAGGAAAGGAAAUCGAGCUCGAAUGUAAAGCGCCUCUUGGAGAGCCGGAGCCGGAAAUCAGCUGGUACAGAAACGACAAAGCAAUUGACAAUCACCGCCCGCGGAAAGUCCAAGGAAAAUCCAUUUUGACAAUUCGAUCUGUAAAGCUUGAAGAUACCGGACUAUACGGGUGCGAAGCAAGAGCUAGAGUUGGCUCUCAGUUAUUCAGUAAAUUCUCUGAAAGGGUAAAAAUCCUGGUGGAGUCGAAGCCAAAGAUUUUCGAUCUUCUCAUUUGCCCGGAAAAGAGAGUGAAUUCAAGGGCUUCGCUGAGCUGUGAAUUCAGAGGCGAGCCACUGCCAGAAAUUUACUGGGAAAAAUGUGAAAGUGAUGAGAAAAAGAGCGAUCCACAGAGAAACGAACAAGGGUGUAAAAAGUGGGAAGGACCUAACAAUACACAUGUUAAUGAAAAUGAACGGACGGUGCGAAGUACGAUCAAUUUCAGAAAAAUCAAGCUCUCGGACUCCGGAGUCUACCGUUGCUGGGCGAUAAAUCAUCUUGGAGAAACUCCAAGCCAGUGUGUUCAAACUGUUUAUGAAAACAUCGAAGUUGUCAAACCCCUUUCACAAACUAAGUACGAAGGCGCAGAUGCCAGCUUCUCCUGCGGCGGUGCUGGUGCGAAAGUGAUUAGUUGGGAAUUUUAUCCGAAGAAUGAAGAUCCAAAGAUAGUCGCCUUUAGCAAAAGAGAGAGGGUGAAGGAUGGAGUCGCGAAGAUCUACUUUGAAGCUCAGAGUCUGUCAGACAGAGCGCGUAGAAACGACAGACUGACGGCAAACUGGAUCUGGACGAGGUCAAAUUCACUGAAUAAACUUGAGAUCAAAAGAAUCAACGAGCAAAACGCGGGGAAAUAUCUUUGCACAGUCGUUUACGAUGGCCCAAAUGAGGAAAAUGAACAUUUAUUAGAAGCGACAUUGACUGUACCGAGCCAGUAUGAAAUAAGGGGCGCCAAUGUUCAGAAAUACGUCGGUAUCAGUUUGGACAAGGACUCGGUUUGUAAUGUUCAUCUAUGCGGUGUUACUUGCUCAGGGGUCAAUGCGAAAUCAAUCCAAUGGAAGAGUCCUCAUGAGAGUGAAAUCACCGAAAAAGAGGUUGAAAAGAUGAUCACUCAUUCCGAAUCUCGGAACUCGGAAUCCGAAACCUUCUCAAGAAUCAACUUUGGCUCCCUCGGCCCUGACAACAUUCAAAAAGUCCUCGGUCGCUGGGAAUGUGUUCUUAUUCCGAGAAAACCUGGCAAAGCGAAUGUAAUAACGAAACAAGUCGAUGUCUUGUUGAAGAGCAACGAAACGAUGCAGAGAGACUUGAUGAACAUUAAGCUUCAAGAUUUGAAUGUGGAUGAAUUGAUUUCAUUCCGCCCUAGUUUUUGCCCAGACAACUGUGUUUUUCUGAUCGUUUAUGGGGGCGACAAGUCAACCCGAAUUUUGGACACACUUUACUGCAAAAAAUUCCUGAAGAGCUCAAAAAUUGACCCGAAAAUAUCCCACCAAAUCGCCAUCAUCCCCGCCUUCGAAGAACACACGCCUCGGGGCGAACUACAAUUCAUAACUUCUCGCGGGAUCAUCCGCAAGAAACAAAUCCAAUCUCAACAGCUGGCGGAAGAGAAUGGGAUCUUCGCUUCUACCAUUCUUCUGAUCAAACCAACAGCUUCAAAUGAUUUUCAACGAAUAACCGCAAAGAAAUUACAGCUCAAUUUUCAUGACACAAAUACGUCGUUGUUGAUUUCAUGGGAAGAGCCGGACAUUCUUGAAAUGGGAAGAUAUUACAUAACGAAAUUUCUGAUCGAAAUAAAUUUGCCACAGCUGAGCGAGAAAAAUGGAAUCAUUGAAGAAGAAAUUUUGUCAGGAAAGAAAAAAAUCGCAGUCAAUCUUUCAAAAUAUUACUCUCACGAAGACCUACGUCAAGUCAAAGAAGUCCAUGUGCGCCUUCGUGUCGUCAGUAGAAUCUACCAAUCUGAAGCAAUCUCGAAGAGUCUCAACAUUCUCAUCCUCGAGGAGCCGGAAAAAUCGCAACUUAGUAUUGGACUCUUUAUUGUUGCAAUGCUUGUGGCGAUACUGGCGAUUGGAACUGCUAUCUGCACCUGUCUCUGUUUCCUGAGGCGGAAAAAGGAGGAUUCCAAGCGAGAAUCUGAGUCGUUGGAAAUUCCACCGCCAGAAAAAGGCGACCAAAGAGACAGUCACGCCGCUCGAAUACAGAAGCAAAUUCUAGAGGACCAAGAUUUUAACCAAAAGCGACCAAGGAAACGCGGCCGAAAGCGCCUUGCUAGACCUGCGGAAGAUGACCCUUAUGAAGGAGAAGACGAACUCGACGAGCCACAAGCAAAGUUUGUUCUUCCGCAAAUGGAUCCAAGCAGAAAUUCGACAUACAGUGAUCAAUUUACUGUUUCUGAUCAUGACGAUGAUGAUUGUUAUCGCUCAGGAAGAUACGGAAAUCGACCAGUAGGAAUUGUUCCUCCGUAUACGCCACCAAGAGCUGCAAGCCAAUUACAGUACAUUCCAAGCUACAAUAGAGAUGAUGGACAGAAAUCGAUAAGAUAUCAAGCUGAUAACUUCUGA